GCCGUUGGACCGUCGGCGGGGGGCGAUGAGGGCGGCGGGGCGGCGGCGGCGGCGGGGCGGCCGGGCGGGGCGGGGGCUCCGCGGGGCUCUCUAGGACGCCGGCGCCCCGCACACCCGCCAUGGAUCUGCUGCUGGUGGUGAACGCGAGCCUGGGCUCCUCCAACGAGUCCCUGGCGCUGCCCCCCUCCUCGCCGUCCUCCUCGGCUCUCCUGCAGCCGCCCUCCCCCUACUCGCCGGCGGCCGUGGCCAGCCUGGCGGCGGUGGUGGGCUUCCUCAUCGUCUUCACCAUCGUGGGCAACGUGCUGGUGGUGAUAGCUGUGCUCACCAGCCGGGCGCUGAGAGCCCCCCAGAACCUCUUCCUGGUGUCCCUGGCCAGCGCGGACAUCCUGGUGGCUACCCUGGUCAUGCCUUUCUCCUUAGCCAACGAGCUUAUGAAUUACUGGUACUUCGGCAAGGCUUGGUGUAACAUUUACCUGGCGCUGGACGUGCUCUUCUGCACCUCCUCCAUCGUCCACCUGUGCGCCAUCAGCCUCGACAGGUAUUGGUCAGUCACACAGGCGGUGGAGUACAACCUCAAACGGACCCCCCGGCGGAUCAAGGCCAUCAUCCUCACUGUCUGGCUCAUUUCAGCUGUCAUCUCCUUCCCGCCAUUGAUCUCCAUGUACCGGGACCCCGAGGGAGAUGGCUUUCCCCAGUGCAAGCUCAAUGACGAGACAUGGUACAUCCUUUCUUCUUGCAUCGGCUCUUUCUUUGCCCCCUGCCUCAUCAUGGUGUUGGUCUAUAUCCGCAUCUACCGCGUGGCCAAGCUAAGGACCAGGACCCUCUCUGAGAAGCGUACGAUGCCAGAGGGGUCCUCCCAGACUGAGAAUGGCUUGAGCCGCGCUGCUGGCGGCUGCACGUCCCUGAGGACGCAGCUGGGAGAGAACGGACAUUAUUCAGUGCACCACUGGCGCAAAGCCUCUGAGCUGGAGGACAUCGAGCUGGAGGAGAGCAGCACCUCAGAGAGCAGACGGAGGCGGAGCCGGGAGGAGCAUCCCCGCAAAAGCAGCAAGAGCCAGUCCUUCUCCUACUCGUAUUCCUCCAAGCACUCUAGUAGCCGUCUGUCCCGGUCUAGCAAUCGCUCCAUGCAGUUCUUCUCAUAUCGCCGCCGCCGGAAGCGUAGCAGCAUCUGCCGUAAGAAAGUCACCCAGGCCCGGGAGAAACGCUUCACUUUUGUGCUGGCUGUGGUCAUGGGGGUCUUUGUAGUUUGCUGGUUCCCUUUCUUCUUCAGCUACAGCCUCUAUGGUAUUUGCCGGGAGGCAUGUGAGGUCCCUGAGACUCUCUUCAAGUUCUUCUUCUGGAUUGGGUAUUGCAAUAGCUCCCUCAACCCGGUCAUCUACACCAUCUUCAACCAGGACUUCCGCAGGUCCUUUAAACACAUUCUCUUUAAGAAGAAGAAGAAGAACUUCCGGCAUUGAGCCGGAGGGAUGGAUUUGCCUUGAGCAGGAGUGGAGUUAAAAGAGAAAGAGAAGGCUCUGUGCUGAAAAAGAAGGGAGGGAAGAGAACACAGGGUUUGGGCUUAGAGAGAAGGAAGAGGGCUCGCCCCCUCCGUGGAGCAGAGUGAUGCUGUGGGGUACGGGGUUAGUGUCAGGGAGGCUGAGGACAUUCACCAUGGUACAGAGUGGUGACAUGGGGCUGGAGGAGCGGUGCUGGAGUGCGGAUGGGUAAAUGGGGAGGGGAAUGAUUGUCUUUGAACCCUGCUGGAGGGCAUGGGGAGUCUGCAGAGGAAAAUAGGCUAAGACGCUGAGUUUGGGAAGCAGUGAGCUUUUAUGGGCUCUGGAAUUUUGUGGUAAAACAAAAAGAGACAUCAAGAGGAAAGGAUUAAGUGGCAGUGGUGGUGGAGAUUUGAGUAUUUAUAAAGUAAGCAGCUGGGGGCCUAUGGUGGGCUCGUACCAGUAAGAAAUUGGCUUUUACUGCUUACGUGGGGAAAGAAAGUGCGAAGUACCAGGCACUGACAGUGUUUUGAGUUAUGAAAGAAUUUAAAUGUUUGCCAAAAAAACCCAAAAGAACAAUCCAAACUCUUUUCUAAAUAAACCUUUGUACUGUUAAAACCUUCUGAAUGAUGAUUUUACACAGGGCUUAAGACAAACAGAAAGCAUGGGGUUUUGUUUUUCUUUGGAGGGGUCUUUGCCUAUAGAGCUGGAUGGGAAAAGUUUUUCCUAUCUUCCCACAAUUUUUGAUUUGUCAGUGGGACAAACCUGGGAGUCUUGCAUGUUUUCAUGAAAUAUGAAAAAGAGCACAUGCACCCCAUGACCUUAUUUCCCCCUGUUGGAUCUCCAGGCAGUAAAUUCCUGCUCCAUCCCUCUCAGAUCAGUGGCCUAAGCACCUUGCUAUCCUGGAGCAGGUAGUGAAAAAAAAAAAAAUCAUUUUGGUGAACUCGCCUAACAUUUUCUGAGUUAAAAGAAAAAAAUGAAAUUUCCAAUCGACUCAACUUGCAUGUGCCCUGGGGAACUUUUCCCCCCCUCUUUUUAGGUCCCCUUCAAAAGGCUUAUCUCAGGGGCUGGAUGCGUGCUGCUCUGGCGGGCAGUCGGAGGCAGUCUGCUAUGCAGAUUUUCAGAGGAAGGGCAAUCACCACACCACUAAGGUCUUUAAAUCCUUUGUAUUUACAGUCUUAGAGCAACUAAAUCCUUUAUAUUUAUUUUUUUAAUGAGAAGCAUACAUUGCAGAUUGUCAGUGGUGUAUGUGAACAAAUCUCAAAAGACAGUGCAGCUGUUCCAAACCUUUAAUAUUAAUGUUGCUUUCUUUCCCUUUUCUUGCUUGGAUUUCUAGUUUAUGAUUUCAGAGGAUUUUGUUGGGGGGGAGGGGAUGGAAGAGGGAAGAAGGGUUUGAAUAGUUAUUAAAGCAAACUAUAUUUCCCAUGGGUUUAUAAAAUGUCAUAAACUGUAAUGAAGAGAAUGAGAGACAGGGACUGGUGUCUGUACAUUCACCACUGCAUACCGAGUGUAAGACUCAGCUGAGCAUAUACAUCCCUUCUCCAGCUGUGCUGCUGCAAGGUGUGUAUUCUGUUUGUGGGGUAAAUACUGCUCCAUUUUAUGUGUAUCACUCCUUCCAUAGGCAGCAGGAUUUGGCAUCUGCCUCAAAUGAACCUUUCCAUAGUAAACAGCUCUUUGAAAAACAGAACAAAAUCUUAUCUCGUACAGCAGGCUUCUUGAAACAGCUAAAUUGAAUCCAUACCUCAGAAUCAUUAGAUAUCCCCUUCUUUACUCCCUCUCCUCUGUCUGAAAGGUGUCUGUAGCCUCUCUUCUCUUGAAAUCUCUAUGGCAUAAGGAGAAAUGAUAGAGCAGUCAUUUUGUUUCAUCAGUUUUUCAUAAUAAGCAUUUGGUUCACUUAACCCUGGAAAAGGAGGUGGUUGGUGGCUAAGAUUCUGCUGUUUAAUUCAAUAGACAAUUUAACUUCAGGGCCAACUCAGGUGGGAGUUCUGCCGAAGUAAGGAUUAGAUGAUUGCACCAAAUGCAUUAGAAGUUUGCUUGAUUUCACUAAAGAAACAACUGAGACAUUUUCAAAAUCCUAAGUCCAUAACUCAUUAGAUCCUUUCUUGAAAUAAGGCUUGGAGUUUUGAAAAGAUUUGAGCCUUGUUUAAACAUCUGCACUUAAAGAAAGGGUGUCAAGACUCAUUUUCAGGAGCAUCCCUUUGUAAAUAACAAAUGGUUUGGUACAAAUACGUACCUGAGACAGAUAAAUAAGAGAAAAAAAUAGCAACUGAGAGGAGGAAACUACAAGCCAUUUUCUCUUUUGCAAAGUGGAGAAUUCUUUUUAAAGUUACAUCAAGAAGAGCUGAAACAAGCUCAUAUUGUUUGUAGGUAACCAUGUAGCUAAAAAGUUCAGGUCUGUUUAAUCUGAAGAAACUAUAUAAUUGCCAGAGCAACCAAAGCAACAUAUGGUACAUAGCUACUACCUCUGAGCUACUGGACGGCUUCAUUAGAGUUACCUGCUCCUACCAAGACGAAGGUCUGCUUUUGUCACUUAAUGCUGGUUUAGGGUGGUUUCCCAGUCUGCAGACACACAGCAGUUUCACUGUUGCACUGCUUUUGAAAUGAGAUUUGUUGCCUGUAAACACAAUCUUUCCCCUUUGUUUUUCCUUGUAGAAUUCAAGGAGUCUAUGGAAAUGAAAUUUAAUUGACAGUCAGAUUUUAGUGGACGUGAAGUAUAUAUGGAAUGACUGAUGUGCCUUAAAAGUAAUUUCUUCGCUAUAAAAUUAUUCUGUGGUCAUUAUAAACAUAAAGGAAAUAAUGCUUUUAUUUUUGUUUUGCAUUUCCAAAUGUCUAAAAGGGUUUGAUGCAGAUACUGAACAUCUAUGUGCAGCAGCAUACUUAAAAACAGGGCAUUUUCUGUGGUUUUAAUUUAUUUCUCAUCACAGUUACUCAUCUGAUUCAAUGCCUCAAGAGGAGCUUAUUUCUUCUGAGCUAGAUAAAAAGUAAUAUUCAUCAAUAAAGAUGUGCAGUAUACUCCCCUUUUAAGUGCAUUUCCCUCUAAAUUAGUGAAUACAGAGGAUUUCUAUAAAAAUUGUUUUUAAUGUAACUACUGAAUAUGCUUCAAGGAAGUAAAAUGGGGCUGAUUUAUUUUUUUAAUUACAGUGUUCUCUUAUUACUUGUAAUAGCUGAAGACUGGAAUUUGUUUGUAACAUACUGUAUGGUAUUAAUUUUCAUAAAAAGUUAUCAGCUCUGCUACUCACAAUGUGGUUGUGCUUCCACUGUAAGUUGGCUAAUAGCAUAUAUGGGAAAAAAAUAGUCAAUGCAGCUUUUGCUUAAGAAAAAGGGAGAAGAUAUUUUAUGUUUUGAAUGUGUCCAGUUGUGUCUUUGAUUACAUCUGAUGAGCUGGUUUAAACACUCACUCUUUACUGUUGUGGAAGAACGAAAUGUUGCUAUGAAGCCAUAUUGAUUUUAACAACAAGCACCUGAUCUUUAACUCUUCAUUUUCUCAUUUCACCAUGAAGAAAAUUUUCUGUCAAUC